ACGUCUCUGCGGCUGUCGGCUAUUAUCCUAGCCUAGCGGCUUGCUGAAGGGAACUACCCCAGAUUCAGAACAGACAGGAGACGUCAUCAACAUUUUCCUGUAUUUAAACAGUCGCGUACGAGGAGGUCAUUGCUGAGAAAGGGAGAUUAAUCGGAUACGACGGUGAAAGCCAAAAGUCAACUGAAGAUUUACCGGGUGUCCUAAAUGGGGGACUACGGGUUUGGAGUUCUGGUGAAGAACAGCAGUGGUAACAAAUCUGCUUUCCCUGUUAGGAUCCCUCCUCACCUCCAACCCCAGCACGCUCACCACCCCUCCAACCCCCCCAGCCCCCCUUCCUUUGUAAACAACACCUCCUCCACAAAUGGGGGCAGUGCUUGGCUCUUCCCUUCUGUAGCCCAACACAGUAACAUGCAAGAUGAGAUUCUGGAAUCGGACAAGUCCAAGGUGCUGGAGCUCCAGGACCUGCAGGAGAAGUCUCAAGUCCAGACCCAGCCGCAGGCUCUGUCUCCAGGCCAGCAGGAGGCAGGUGGAAGCCUAGGGCAGCUUGAAGGAGCUCUGCCUGAAGACAGCUCGCUGGAGAAGGGCUCUUUAGAGAGCAGUGGCGGAAAGGAGAAGCUAAGAAUGGAGUCCCCAGUGCUGAGUGGCUUCGAUUACCAGGACAGCCUGGGAAUGGGUACAAGUUGCGCACAAUCCACCUCGUCCUCAUCCUCGCUGACCAGCUUCAACAACUGGUCCCCUUCUGUACCAUCCACACAGUCGCCAGUGGUCGGGGAAGAUGUUGGCGGGUUCUUUGGUCCUGCUGGCUCCAAUGCCAAUGGGCCUCCUCUGCUGUUCCAGAAUUUCUCCCACCAUGCUGGGCCUGGCUUUGGAGCAGGAGGUAGCUUCUCCCCACAGAUUGGACCAGUGUCCCAGCACCACCCGGCCACAACUCACCCCCAGCAUUACCACCCCCACGCUCAGGGGGUUCCUCAACAACACCGCCGCUCUCCAGCUAGUCCUCAUCAACCCCAGGCCUCCUUCCCUCCACAUCCCCAUCGCACUGGACCAUUCACCCAGCUGCCACAUCUCACUCCUGCCCAGAAUAAACCCCCUUCACCUUGGGGAAGCUACCAGAGCCCUUCAACUCCCACGUCAAACUCCUGGAGCUAUGGUGGCUGGGGAGGCACACAGGGGAUUCGAGAUUAUCGACGGGGGGUAAGUGGAGGCAUGGCAGGUCUUAACUCCAUCUCCCCACUGAAGAAGUCCUUUCCUAAUAACCAGGUUCCUUCGCAGAAGUUCCCCAGGAAUAGCUCUGGCUUCAGUCACAAGGGCUGGGUUGAAGACAGUAUGAACCGCAAUGACAGCAUCUACCCCUUCCAGCAGGAGAGAACACGGCCUUUUGAUGGUUUCAACAUGCACUCUCUGGAGAACUCUCUGAUUGACAUUAUGAGGGCUGAGCAGGAUUCUUUGAAAGCGCGAAGUUAUGGGCGAAAGGGGCGAGGACAUUCCUCUCUCUUCCCCAUGGAGGAUGAGCGUCCCUUUGGGGAUGAGGAGUCAGGUGACCCGGGGCUUCCUGGCCUUGGCUCGUCCCACUGUUUCCAUCAUCUUAAUGGCGAACGUGUGGAGCGAUAUUCACGCAAGGUGUUUGUUGGAGGGCUGCCACCAGACAUAGAUGAAGAUGAAAUCACUGCCAGUUUUCGACGAUUUGGUCAUUUGUUUGUUGACUGGCCUCACAAGGCAGAAAGCAAGUCGUACUUUCCACCUAAAGGUUACGCCUUCCUGCUCUUCCAAGAUGAGAGUUCUGUUCAGGCUUUAAUUGAUGCCUGCAUUCAAGAAGAUGGCAAGCUUUACCUGUGUGUCUCAAGUCCCACCAUCAAAGACAAACCUGUGCAAAUUCGGCCCUGGAACCUAAAUGACAGUGACUUUGUAAUGGAUGGCUCGCAGCCGUUAGACCCAAGGAAGACCAUCUUUGUGGGAGGUGUCCCUCGUCCCCUCCGUGCAGUGGAGCUUGCCAUGAUUAUGGACCGUUUGUAUGGGGGAGUCUGUUACGCUGGAAUUGACACGGAUCCUGAACUGAAGUAUCCAAAAGGGGCGGGUCGAGUGGCCUUCUCCAAUCAGCAGAGCUACAUUGCAGCCAUUAGUGCCCGAUUUGUUCAACUGCAGCAUGGCGAGAUUGAUAAACGGGUGGAAGUGAAGCCAUAUGUCCUAGAUGACCAGUUGUGUGAUGAGUGCCAGGGCACCCGCUGCGGGGGGAAGUUCGCUCCUUUCUUCUGCGCCAACGUGACGUGUCUCCAGUACUAUUGCGAGUACUGCUGGGCAGCCAUCCACUCCCGAGCUGGCCGGGAGUUCCACAAGCCGCUGGUGAAGGAGGGAGGGGACCGACCACGACACAUCUCCUUCCGCUGGAACUGAGGCGAGCGGGGGAGGGAGGCAACACUUAACUGGGGAGGGAUUGCAAGAAAGGGGUAGUUAUGGACGGGGUGUGGGCUAUGAUAUGAAAAAUAAAUGCACUUUUCUUUUAAGUUAAGAAAAUACAUAAUUUAUUUUUAAUUUUUGCUAAAUUGGGCCUUUAAAUAAGAAGAAAAAGCUAAGAGUGAAAUCCCAUUUAUGUUUUGACUUGUGUGCAUGAGAUUUGGAUUUAGAUGUUUUCUGACUUGACUGUACUUUUUUGUGCUAGCUGGCAAAGCUGCUUACAUUUAUGUCAAGAGUAACAUAAAAUUUAAGAGUUGAGUUACAUCAUACCUAAAUCAGUAUACUAACUAUGGAAGUUGAGUUUAGGAAGGGUAUAUUUCUUUUUGCUGCAGGAUUAGAGAACACUUGUACCAUUUACCAAAGGUUGGAUUGAAUGGAGGAGGAAUGUGUUACAUCUGGCCACGUCACAAAACAAAAUCUCCCCUCAGUUUGGCACGUGUGUAUGCACGCUGGCAUGCAUUUUCUUUCUUUUUUUUUUUAGGUCUUGGUUUAAAAGUUGACACUUUCCAACCAGAAAGAGCAAACCAAAGAUUGGCCUAAAAUACAUCAUCAAACGCAGAUGUUGAUCUGAGGGUCUUCAGCAUGACAUCCUCUUGUCACAUGAUGGGGGGGGGGGGAGGCUGGAGUUUCAGUUCGUAGGUUUCAGCUAAUGAAGACACAGCCCUCAGGGCUCAGGUAUUGGCAGUAGUAUUUGUUCACUUUAUAUUGUCAGGGAUAUUAGCACUGGAAGCUAACAUGCUAAUGUAGUACAUACUAAUGGGAAUGCACAGUCCAGUCCCCCCGAGCUGUCCUCGUGAUGUACCACUGCACGCUCUACCAUGACUGGAGCCUCUAUCACUCUAAGUGUUGUGGUUGAAUUUGGUAGUAGCUAGAAUUUGCUGUCACAGAGAUAAAGAUAUUAUUUUAUACAUGGCCUGCUGAUUUUUGUACAGUGUUUUAUAGCUGAUUAUUUUGUCAUGAACAUAUAUACAUUUAUUAUGCACUACUUUUCUAAAUAUUUUUUUCAAUAGUCAUUUUAGGCACAUUUUUCACAGAUGGGAGAACUCCUUUUGCAAUACCUCAUUUUUUUCACUUGGUGAAAAAUAAUUUUGUACCUUUGUUACUAAGAGAUCUGCAUUUAUGGUAAACUUAAUUUAAAAAAAAAGAAAAUGAAUGAUAUUAAUAUAAUUUUCAAUUAGCUUUUAUAUAUUUAAGUGCUGGUAAAUCUGAAAAUCGUCUGCAUCGGUGUGAUUCUGUAAAUUAAAAAAAAAAGGCUAUCAUUAGCCAGUCAUAUGGGUUCUCCUCUGUUCUCCUCUAAUAAACAUAAUUACAGGAUCCUAAGGCAUGACAAGAUGUUUCUAAGCUGAUUUUGAUAGUCUUGAAAAUAUAUUCUGAUAUGUCACUCCUAGGUGUAGUUAGUGAGAUUAUCAAUAGGUACAUGUUUUGGCUUUGGUCAAUGUGAAAACUUCCCUUCUAUCACUGGAGUGAAUAUCAGUUCUUUAAAUAUUUAGAUCCUCUUUCUGGGACUGCCUGUAAGUUGUACUUAUUCUUGGCAUGCAUAAUGUAAUACAGAAAUAACAUGGCUAGUGUUAAUGCAGGACCUAAUGUAAUGCACUAGAUCUCCUUUUUCCUUUUUAACCUUUUCCUUUUUCUAUUUGAGAUCACCUCUCUUGUAGCCUCUCUUUACAUGAUGGAGUCUGCCUUCCUUACACAGACAUGGUGUUUAUGCAAUCUACACAGUGACAACACUUUGGAUGCGUUUUGCAAUGUAGAGGACACUCAGUAGGAGACUUGAUCACUUGACCCCCCUUUGUGAUGUGGCAUGCUUUGGGACAUAACCUGAAUGUGAUUUAAUGUUGCAAGUUAACUUUGAGCCAUUAUGUGCAAUACCUAUUCUUUCCAGAAACAAGUCUCCGCAGUGUAAGUCAUUUAAUCCAUAUAAAUCAUGCAGUCAUUUACACAUUUUAUUUCCUAUUGUUCAUGCUGAUGUCUGCAAGGAAAAGAAAAGACUAAUUUAUACCUGAAUUUAUUUUUAAACAUUAGUUUUGUGCUUAUUUACUUAUUUUGCUACUACCAUGCUACUGUGAUUGAAAACAAUGUAUAUACUAGGUCAAUAAUGUAUUUAGCAUUUGCUAUAUUUUCAAUUGAAAUGUAUAACUAUCAUUUUGAUCAGAUUUUUGUUAUAUUUUUUGGGGUGAUGUGUUAAACUCGUUGACGUGUCUAGUUUUUCUAAUUGCUGUAUUGUGAUCCCCAUUUUCAGAUGAAAAAAAUGUCAGUUAGUAUUACUUGAUUACAAUAUUUCAAUAGUUUUUAAUUGUCUGCUGGGAAGGUUCUAUUUAUUAACUUUUUUUUUACCUGUGUUUUGAUUUUUUUUAAGUCAUUUCACAUUUAUACGCAAGUUCCAAUUUUAUAUUUUCUUCCUCUUUAAUUUACGCUACAAACGGACGUCGGUUUUUAUAGUUGGUUUGUAGUAAUGAAGUAAACAAAGGUUUAAUGUCAUAUAUUCAUUUGCUGCCAACUGUUUGUAACUGUAUGCAUACAUUCGAAGUAUUUGUAAUGUGAGAUGUUGAACGAAUAAAACAGCUGUGAGGAAGAA